AUGAUGUGCGAGGUGAUGCCCACUAUCUCAGAGGACGGUCGUGGCGGAGGAGGAGGAGGGCCGUCCUCGCCUGCUGGGGGUGGGAGUGGCAUGGGAGGGGGUAUGGGGGGCAUUGGGGGCGGGUAUGAGGGUGGCAGCACGGGCAACCUGGAGUCUCUGAUGGUGAACAUGCUGACGGAGAGGGAGCGGCUGCUGGAGAGCCUGAGAGAGACACAGGAGAGUCUGGGGACAGCACAGCUCCGCCUCCGGGAACUGGGACACGAGAAAGACUCGCUCCAGAGACAGCUGUCCAUCGCCCUGCCUCAGGAGUUUGCCGUGUUGACCAAAGAGCUGAAUGUGUGUCGGGAGCAGCUGCUGGAGAGAGAGGAGGAGAUCGCAGAGCUCAAGGCCGAGAGGAACAACACACGGUUGUUGUUGGAGCAUUUGGAGUGUCUGGUGUCUCGUCAUGAGCGCUCUCUGAGGAUGACGGUGGUGAAGAGACAGGCUCAGUCUCCAGCCGGCGUCUCCAGUGAGGUCGAGGUGCUCAAAGCUCUCAAGUCUCUGUUUGAGCACCAUAAGGCUCUGGAUGAGAAGGUGAGGGAGCGACUGCGUGUGGCUCUGGAGCGAGUGGCCGUCCUGGAGGAAGAGCUCGAAUCCUCUACCAACGAGGUUCUGAGUCUGCGUGAUCAGAUCAAACGACGUGAACGUGGACAGGACAACGGUAAAGAGCGCCUCCCGAAUGGCCCGUCCUCCAUCUUGGAUGAUGGAGAGAUCGACAGACAGAGGGAGGGAGAGAUUGAGCGCCAGAGAGCGGAGCUUUCACAACUCAAAGAGCGACUCGCCCUCAUGUGCAGACAGGUUGGAGAGAUCGAGGAGCAGCUCACUGCUGCCAGGAGGGAGGUGACGAAGACUGAGGAGGCCAAUCAGAAGCUUCAGAGGGAGAUUAAAGAGGCUCUGUGUCAGAGAGAGGAUAUGGAGGAGAGAAUUACGACCCUAGAACGCAGGUACCUGAGCGCCCAGCGGGAGGCGACGUCUCUCCACGACUUCAAAGACAAGCUGGAGAACGAACUGGCCAGUAAAGAGUCUCUGUACAGACAGAGUGAGGAGAAGAACAGGCAGCUGCAGGAACGUCUGGAUGACGCAAAGCAGAAGCUCCAGCAGACGCUGCAGAGAGCCGAGACGCUGCCCGAGAUCGAGGCUCAGCUUGCUCAGAGAGUGGCUGCUCUCAACAAGGCGGAGGAACGCCAUGGCAACUUCGAGGAGCGCCUGCGACAGAUGGAGGCACAACUGGAGGAGAAGAACCAGGAGCUGCAGAGAGCGAGACAGAGGGAGAGGAUGAACGAUGAACACAAUAAGCGUCUCUCCGACACUGUGGACAAGCUGCUGUCCGAGUCGAACGAGCGCCUGCAGCUCCACCUGAAGGAGCGCAUGGCAGCGCUCGAGGAGAAGAACGCCUUGUCUGAGGAGCUCGCCAAUAUGAAGAAGAUCCAAGAUGAUCUGCUGGCAAACAAGGAUCAGCUGAUUGCGGAACUGGAGAGGCUGCAGCUGGAACUGGAUCAGCUGAGGGGCCGGUCUGGCUCCUCCUACUCUCGCUCUCUUCCCGGCAGUGCUCUGGAGCUCAGGUACUCCCAGGGAGGCGGUUCUCUUCCUGCUGGCUCCACCACUCACCUGGAUCAUUAUGGCAGUACAGGCUCAGGGGGUGUGGUCAGACGGGCCCAUCGAGGACGUUGGGGCGGAGCCAGAGAGGAUGCCAGCAAGUACGGCGAAUGGGAGAGCGGCGCUUUGCUUGGCCCGGGUUUCGAGGGCGGAGUCGAGGGCGGCUGCUCUGAUGAGGAUGAUGAUCGUGAGACGCUCUUUGGCUCUGAGCUACUUUCUCCCAGCGGACAGACAGAUGUCCAGACACUGGCCAUCAUGCUUCAGGAGCAGCUGGAGGCCAUCAACAAGGAGAUCAAAUUGAUUCAGGAGGAGAAGGAGAACACAGAGUUGAGGGCUGAAGAGAUCGAGAGCCGCGUGAGCAGCGUGGCUCUGGACGGACCUCCGGUUCCUCCGUCCUCUUUAGGAAGAGACGCCAGUGGCAGGACCUUCAUUACUCCGUCCCUCACCUCCUCCACCCUGGCGUCUCCCUCUCCGCCCAGCUCGGGUCACUCCACCCCACGCCUGCCCCACUCUCCGGCACGCGAGACUGAGAGACAGAACAACAAGGAAGACGACAGGUCCUUGGCCCUGCUGGACUCCACCCCUCCUCCCACCCCUCGUGCGCUGAGAUUGGACAGAAUGAGCCACACCCACCCCGGAGCCAUGCUGGAUGACAGCCGCGAGUUCCGCAGUCUGUCGGCAGACGGCAGCAGCUCUAACAGCAGUCAGGAUUCUCUCCACAAGGCCAGCAAAAAGAAAAGUAUCAAGUCUUCCAUUGGCCGUCUGUUUGGAAAGAAGGAGAAGGGACGCAUGGGACAGCCAGGCCGCGAGUCCACCUCUUUGGCUUCCACUCCGUCUGAUGAUCUGGGCUCCGUCGACCCACUCGGUCUCACCAAGAUGGCUGGACCCGUGGACAAGGACCGCCGCAGCAAGAAGAAACAUGAGCUGUUGGAGGAGGCGUGUCGUCAGGGGCUUCCCUUCGCCUCCUGGGACGGCCCCACCGUUGUGUCCUGGCUAGAGCUGUGGGUGGGCAUGCCAGCGUGGUACGUGGCAGCGUGUCGUGCUAAUGUGAAGAGUGGAGCGAUCAUGGCAAACCUAUCUGACACAGAGAUCCAGCGUGAGAUCGGCAUCAGUAAUCCGCUGCACCGCCUCAAACUGCGCCUCGCCAUCCAGGAGAUGGUGUCACUCACCAGCCCAUCUGCUCCAGCCAGCACCCGCUCUUCGACCAGUAACGUGUGGAUGACCCACGCUGAAAUGGAGUCUCUCACCGCAGCCACUAAACCAGAGCUGAAGGAGUUCAGCUGGGAUCAGAUUCUGGCCUACGGUGAUAUGAACCAUGAAUGGGUAGGGAAUGACUGGUUGCCCAGUCUGGGUCUGCCCCAGUACAGGAGCUACUUCAUGGAGUCUCUGGUCGACGCCCGUAUGCUGGACCACCUCACCAAGAAAGAGCUGCGUGGGCAACUCAAAAUGGUGGACAGCUUUCACAGGGUGAGCCUGCACUACGGCAUCAUGUGCCUGAAGCGGCUGAACUACGACCGGAAGGAGUUGGAGAGGAAGAGAGACGAGAGCCAGCACCAGAAUAAAGAUGUGAUGGUGUGGUCAAACGAGCGUGUGAUGUGCUGGGUGCAGUCCAUCGGUCUGAAGGAAUUUGCAGAUAACCUGGCUGAGAGCGGAGUGCAUGGAGCCCUACUCGCCCUGGACGACACCUUCGACUACACGGACCUGGCCCUGCUCCUGCAGAUACCCAACCAGAACACACAGGCACGCCAGCUCCUGGAGAAGGAGUACAACUCCCUGAUCGCCAUGGGAACCGAGAGGAGACCAGAUGAGGAUGGCACCAAGACGUUCACUCGGUCCCCGUCCUGGAGGAAGAUGUUCCGUGAGAAGGACCUGAGAGGGGUGACGUCAGACUCUUCAGAGACAUUGCCUGCUAACUUCCGCGCCUCGGCCAUCUCCACUCCAUCCGUGACCCUGCGCAAGGUUCAGAGUGAAGUGUCUCCAAGAGGCGAGUCAGCAUCAGUGAGAACAUACUCUUGCUGAAGACCUCAAAAGGGGGCGCUGUGAGCACAUGACUGGGAAAUGUAAGGAAAGAGGAAAAAAAAAAAAGCAAUGAUUACAUACAUUUUGAAAACAUGAAAAAAAAAACCCACUGGUCUGAACCAUUCUGCAAUAACAGAAGACGGAGCUGUGGCAAUCGGAAGAAGAAAAAGAAAAACAAACAAACAAAAAAACCCUUAAGGACUAAAGACAUGACGAAUGUAUGACAUAGAAAGGACAGCGAGGACACUCAGACUGGUAUGGGACUGGAGGACUCUUUUUAUCUUUCGCUCUGUCGUUCUCUCGUCCCUUUUUUUUUUGUCUGUGCCAUGAUGUCUCUCAGUCGUCGGUUUAAUCAAAACUGCCGCUUUCUCCCCCUUUUCCUUUCAUUUGGACCGACCCUGUGCACUGGUGCCCAUUUUAUUGGAUUGUACCAUCUCAGAAAAAAGGGGCUGUCUUUUUUUUUUCUUCAACUUUUCGUUACGGUUUUCCACCCAGACAGGAUGGAAGAUAGCACAGACAGAAUCAGAGAGAGUGAAUCCGAGGUCAGCCGUGACGGAAGGCGUUAUCUCCACUCCCACCGUGCGAGGAACUUCAUGGUGAAAAUCAUGACAGGAUUUCCUUUAAGGCGAGGCUUUUUUUUAAAAAGGUGUGUAAAAAAGAAGCAAGGAUGUAGAUCCGUAACCCGAUUAUGUAGGUUUUGAGCAAAACUUUAGACUUUAGGGCGAGACCGAUGCAGAUAGAUGGAAGGAAAGAGGGAAAGAGAAAGAGAGAGGGAAAGAUAGAAAGAGAAAAUGGGGAUGUUUUAGAGAGGUGAGAAAAUCCGCAGCAUCCUCUUAAACGCGAUGACACAAGCCAUAACAGAAGAUGAAGAGCGACGCACUGAGGAAAAAAAAAAAAAAAAAAAGAAGGAAUCUAUAUGAGAACUGAGAGUGAAUCGUUUCUUCUGUGUUGCGAUGCAUGUCGAACAUCGAACAACGACUCAAACCUUUGGGGAAUAAGACAACGUGACAAUGUGAAUUCAAAAACUCAUAAGUGUACAUUAACAUAUGACGACAUUGAGAGCCUGGGGAACAAUUUGUAAAAUGUGUGUAUUUUCAUUUUUAUUUUUUUUUAUUUUGUAUGAUAACUAUAUUUAUUUUCUUUAUGUAUGUAUCGAACAACUGUAUGUACAUGUUCAUUUAUUACCUAAUUCUGACUGUAAGUUUGAUUUUAUCUAGUUCGAAGCGUAAAUAUCUAAAAAGGAAAAAAAAAGUAUGAAAAACAUGGUCAUAUGAAAUUAUGCUACUUGUAAUGUGUAAAAUUUUGAGGACAAACUUGUGUUAUGAUUUCAAAAUGAAACGACGACGCCGAGCCGAGGACGAUGGCGACGGCGACUCGGAUCAAACACGCCACCUGUGAAAUAAAACGUCAUAAAGCCACUGACUAUAUAUAAAACGGAGGAUGUGAAAAUAAAAAUAAAGCGGUCCUGAACGGUACCUCAGGUCAUCUCGGUGUGUUUGUGAUCCGCUCAGAGGGACUCUAGAGCAUGUACCGGGUUUCGUGUGUCGUGUGUGCGUACGUGAGUAUGUGUUCCGCUGUGUAAAUGACCGUUGUUGAUUCGCUGCAACCCUAAGACUGAGGACAUGUAUGUAUGUUUGCAAAAAACAAAAACAAAAAAACAAAGGUAUUUGUACAUGUGCAAAUAUAUUCAUUAAGAAUUCACGCGGUGUCUUUGCAUG